AUGCGAGCGAGGACGCGCGACCGCGGCGCCCCCGGCGGCGCCCCCGGCCGCGGCGGCGUGUCUCUCCUCCGCGUGGCGUUUCUGUCGCUCGCGUCGAUCUCGUUGUCGUUCCUGUGCGCGGCGCCCCCCUCGCAUCUCGUCGCCGCCGCGAGGCCGCCCGAGAUCGUCGUCGACGCCGCCGCGCCCCCCGGGACCGUCCACCGACACGUCUUCACCGAGGGCGACGCGCCCGUCGCGCUGACCGGCGCGUCGCUCGACGCGGGCGUCGCCGGCGGCGCGCCUCUCGUGCGCGCGGUCGUCGUCAUCACGAAUCCGCUGGACGCGCCGCUCGAGCGCCUCGGCUUCACGGAGACGUACGCGGCGUGGCACGCGCUCUACGGCGCGUGGGCGGAGGAAGAAAAAGCCGAAGACGACGACGCGAAGGACGCCGCCGCGAGUCUCACGAACCUCGCGGACGUCAAGGCACUCACGAACACCGCGGGAGGGACCGGCCCGGGGGUGAACCUCGCGGACGUGCGCGCGACGGCGAUGGACGAAAUCGCGCGGCGCCAACGGAUCGCCGCGCGCCUGGACCUCGCGAACGGGCUCCUCGUCCUCGACGCGGCGCUUCGACGGGGGGAGGAGCUUCUGGACGCGAUGGACGCGCCGACGACGCACGCGCUGCGAGAUGCGCUGCGUAACGUGACGUACGCGCACGCGGGGAAGAGACCGGACGACACCACGCGCGGGAUCUCGUUGACGGUGUACGACGCGUCGGGGAAGGCGUCGGCGCCCGCGUCGUUCCUCGUCGAUAUCGUUCCGGUGAAUAACCCGGCGAUUUUGGAUUUGAACGGCGCGCACAGACCGGGGGUGGACUACGCGGCGGUGAUGGGGGAGAACGAGCGGUUCUUGGGCGUCGCGCUCGCAGACGCUGACGCGCACGUCGAAGACGACGACGGGCGAUUCAUCCGAGGCGCGUUCGUUCUACCAUCCAUCUCGCGCCGGUCCCCGUACGACCGCGUUCGCGCGGUGAACGCCGUUCCUUCAGGAUUUAUUUUCUUUGCCCGGGAUGGAUUUCUCUUCGCCCAUCACCCCGCGCUGCUUUCAAUCGCAACACGCCGCGACGCCUUUGAUGAACUCCGCCUGACGCCUUUCGACGCCACCCCGACGUUCGGGAGCUCUGUCACGGGGGCGUGGGACGCGAGCUCGAAUUCGUUUACGCUCGAGGGCGCGGACACGCUCGAGGCGUACAGAGGGAUAUUCGCCAGCGCGCGAUACGUCAACGAGGGCCGCGUGAACGUCAUCACGAAUCAGGCGCGUUCUAUUAUGUUGCACUGGUUCCCAUACGACCGCGUUGGCGUGUCGCCGCAAACCCGGGAGUUGCUCUUCACCGGCGGCGUUCGACGGUUCGUGUUCGAGAUCACCGACGACGCGGGCGCGGUCUCCACCGCGAUCGCCACGGUGAACGUCAGCGAAGUGACUCGAGUGGGCGACCCGGCGCGGGACGAGAACCAGAGGACGCCGGCGGAGUGCUCCGGCAACGGCGCGAGAGACGUGAACGACAUCUUGGGCACGGGCGACCCCGAGGCGUGCGUGUGCGACCUCGGGUUCGAGGGCGACGACUGCGAGCUGCACCCGUGCAACGACCACGGAUACCUCACGUUUUACGUCGCCAGCACCGGACACAAAGAGUGCGAGUGCGACCUGGAGUUCUCCGGGCCGACGUGUAACGUCGCGUGCAACGGACGCGGGGUGUACGAUUCCUCGACGCACGCGUGCGAGUGCGACAAGGGCGUCGCCGGGCGUCUCUGCGACGUCGUCUGCGACACGUGCGACGCGUCCGCGCGCGGCGAGUGCGUCUUAACGGACGCCUCCGAGGCGAGCUGGAACGACGCGACGUCUUCGUACGACGUCGUGGAGACCCAGUGUUUGUGCGAAGACUUUUGGAUGGGCGACGGGUGCUUGAUUCCGUGCCCGUGCGCGCGCGGCGGGUUCGCGCGAGGGACGUGCGCCGUCGACGCAAACCUCUUAGCGGCGGGCUUAACCGCGGAUGAAUUCCUCGGCGUUUGUCUUUGCGAACCCGGGUGGGUCGGCGAGGACUGCACGAUCGCGUGUCCGGCGUGCGACGCGGGGAACGGCGACUGCGUCCCGCCCGCGGGCGCCGAAGCCGGGCACGGCGCCGCGUUCAACGCCAUCGCGAACGACCCGCAGCUGUCGCCGGCGCAGAGAGAGGCGCGAAUCGCCGCGGCGAACGUCUCGGGCGUCUGCGCGUGUCGAAUGUCGCAAUCCAACGUCCUGGGCGGGUUAGGCUUCAACGGCGACGACUGCUCCGUCGCGUGCGCGCCGUGCGACUACGGUACGUGUCAGGCGGACGGGUCGUGCCUCUGCUUCCCUGGGUUCGUCGGCGCGACGUGCGACGUCGAGUGUAGCGGCAACGGCGUCCUCGUGUAUCCGUCGUUUAACGCGACGUACACGGCGGCUGAUUUCGACGCGUUGCCGGGCGUCCCGGGAAACGACAACUACCUUAACAGCGGGCUGCUCGACGUGCUCGAGCUGUACGGCAUGAGCGAGCGCUUCGAGGGCGACAACGAGACGUCGACGCGCGCGUACUGCGCGUGCGGGUACACGAGGGAUGUCAACACCGGCGAACCGGUGCCGAGGGAUUCAGUCUUCGCGCGCGUCGCGAACGAACUCGACGGCUUCGGCUACGCCGGGGUGUUUUGCGAGAUCCCGUGCGCGCCGUGCGACGAGACCAACGGGCAGUGCACGUUCGACGGCGUGAACGCGGUCUGCCGGUGCCGCGCGGACGUCGCGAACGACGCGACGAGCGCGAGCGCGGUGUUUCACCAACGCUUCGGCGAGGACACCACCGGGUUUGGAUUCGCCGGGCCGUCGUGCGAGACGCCGUGUAAGCCGUGCCUCAACGGGACGUGCUCGAACGUCGAGGGGUCGUACGGCGAGUGCGUGUGCAACCACGGCUUCGCGGACGACGCGUGCGCGAUCGAGUGCGGGUCCCCCGCGUUUAAGUACACGUCGCAGUACGAAGGGGACGGCGCGAAGGACCGGUACGUCGGGCGGAGGGGGAAUUUUUCGCUCACGCGAUUCGACGCGAACAUCGGUUUCGGCGGCACCACCGCGGGAUGCCACUGCGAUUACAUGUGGACCGGGCCGAUGUGCGACCACCCGUGUCCGUUCCCGUACAACACGAGCAACGGCAUCUGCGUGGUCAAGGACGAAUCGGACGAGGAUUACGGCGCGCCGUGGACGGCGGAAAUCGUGUGCGAGGACGGAUUCACCGGUUUACCAGAUUUCAACUACCGGUUAACCUCGGACCAGCUCUCGCGCGGUCGAGAUUGCGAGAUGACGUGUCAAGACUGCGUCCACGGAACUUGUCAGGACGACGGCACGUGUCUGUGCGACUACGGGUACAUAUGGCAAGGCCCGCUCGAGGCGGAGAGCGACGUCGGAUUCAGAGAAGCGGUUUUACCGUAUCCGUGGACGGCGGAGUAUUUAGGCGAAAACGCGUACGUGCCGCGGUUCCACACGUGCGCGGCGAAGCACCCGUGCAAUCAAAACGGCGAGCUCGUGAACGCGACGUGCGGGUCGCUCGGUCAGGGGUUCGUCGACGACAUCCAACCUUGGACGGUCGUGGACGAGAGAACCGGCGGCGGAUUCGGAUGUCCCGGAAACCUCGUCGACGGCGUCAACGGCACGCGGCUGUGUUUAUCGCUCGUGAACGGCGUCGAGACGCACGUCACGCCGUUGUUCGCGAUGGGGUACUUCAUCUGGUCCGCGGGCGCGCAGGAGUACGUUCGGAACGAGUUCGUGAAGCGGACGUUCAGUAAACACGGGCAGAUUCAAGGCGGGUACUGCGAAUCGGACGACGACUUGAACGAAGGGCAGCCUCUGCACGGCGGCUAUUGCGUGUGCGACGGGAUCAGAAACGAGCGGUUUCAGCACCCGAGCGCCAAGUCGCAGGAGGGCGAGGGGUACGAUUACUUCUUUCAAGGCUGGGCCGGGCCCGCAUGCGAGAUCCCGUGCGAACCGUGCUCGGAGAACGGCGUGUGCGACGCGACCACGGGGCGGUGUUCGUGCUUCGAAGGCUGGAACGGGUACCGAUGCAUGACCCCGUGCGAGCCGUGCGAGCACGGCAUGUGUCAGUACGACGGCACGUGCCUGUGCGACGGCUCGCGUCGGCUGAGGGAGUCGACGUACGCGUUGCGCCUCACGCGCGACCCGUUUUAUCUCGAGAAGGGCGAGCACGUUUACGAAGUCCACGGCGGGCGACGCAGCCGAUACGUUCACCCCGUGUACAUGAACACGUACGACUUGGAGGACUACAUUUGGGAGCUCGAGUACGAGUGCCCGAACAGAGAGGAGUGCAACACGCGGACGAUGGACACGCAUCUGCCGACGCGUCCCAACGAGACGUAUUUUCGGUACACGACGCCGAACGUUUUGGAGGUGAUCAAAGUCAACGACGAGAUGGACCGCAUGCAGGCGUACCGCGACUCGCUGGUGACGGACGUCGAGAACGUCCCCGAUAGCAUGACCGAGGACGAGGUGUGCGACUUCACCGACGCCACGAACGUCGUCACGACGGGCGCUUGCAUCGAGAAGAUGAAAGCCAAGCUGUUCGGAAGGACGACGCAAGGGUGCGGCGCGGAGUGGGACUCCGUCAGGCCGUGGGACUGCGACGACGUCGUGAAGUCGCACUUCAUCCGCGAGCGGAACUUGGAGCUGGGGAGCGUGGAGGUCCAACGGAUGCGAAUGUUGCAGUCCACGGAAGCGGAGAACGUGUGGUUCGCGAACAACGUGAACGAGCGCCAGCGGCUCAUAAACACGAUGAGCCGCGGUCGGUUCGACAGGGACGCGGGGGCGUUUCAGCACAUCCGAGAUCCGGACUAUUACAUGAUUUGGAUCGUGCAUCAGCUCAUACACGGCGUGACGUCCGGGGAUGGCUACGCCGGGUGGUCCUGCGACGUCAAGUGCGAAGCGUGCGACGCGACGCACGGAACGUGUCAGUACGACGGCACGUGCGAGUGCGUGGAGGGAUGGUACGGCGCCGCGUGCGAUAAAAUGUGCGACUGCUUCCGUCACGUCGCCGUGAAGAACGCGCUGGAGUUACAGAACCAAAUCGAGGACGUCCUCCUCGAGUCAGUGGACUCGCAGAGCGGGAUACCCAUUCAGCCGCACGGCACGUGUCAACGCGACGGCUCGUGCGCGUGCUACCCGGACCCGGACGGCACGCGGUGGACCGGCGUCGACUGCUUCACGAAGUGCAAGCCGUGCAACCAGGGGACGUGUCAGUUCAACGGCGACUGCGAGUGCGACCCGGGAUGGACGGGCGAGGACUGCAGCGUCCCGCGGUUCGUGCAGUGCUUGCCGUGUAAUUUCGACCACGGCACGUGUCUCGCCGACGGGACGUGCAAGUGCGACGUCAUGUGGACCGGGUUCGAUUGCUCCGUGCGGUGCUCGCCGUGCGUCCACGGCGACUGCAGGAUGGACGGCAGCUGCCACUGCCGCCCCGGGUGGACGCUCCCGGACUGCUCCAAGAAGAUAUGGGACGGCGGCGAGAUUCGCUCGGACUUUUCGUUAUCCAGCGAGGGGUGGCGCGUGCACAACAACUCGUGCCCGGGGCUUCUGGACGCCGUGGUCGGCGGCGCCGCCGACGCGGGCGCGAUCGCCGCCGCGGUGAUCCGAGGCCGGUGCGACGGCGACGCCGACGGCGGCGGCGACGGCGGCCUCGAGUGGGACGGCGCGAGCGGGUACCUGUACCUCACGGAUCGCCUGCCGAACGACCGGCCCGGAGAGGUGGCGUACUUCCGCGCGCCCGGGAAGUUCUUGGGCGAUAAGCUGGCCGUCGCGUACAACGCGACCAUCGCGUACGAGCUCUACCUCGCCGGCGGCGCGGACCCGUUCUCGAUGUCCAACGCCGCGCACGCCAAACCCGCGUUCCCGCACCCGGUCGGAAGCGACGCGGAGCGAGCUCCGGACGUGGUGUUGAUCGGGGGGCGGCCGCGGUACCGGUUGGACCCGCCGCCGUGGGACGUGUGGGAUAAGCACGCCGCGUUCGAGUGGUCGCGGGAGAAUUUCCCGGAGCUCGCGCUGAACUUGCGGUGGAGUAAAUCGAGAAUCGUGGACACCGUGGAGGCGUAUCUGGACACCCCGCAGGUCGUCCUCGGCAUCCGCGCGCCGCGCGUCAAGCACUACCCCCCGGAGUCCUGCUACGCGGAGCACUGCUCGAUCAACUUCAACUUUGACUUGCACGAAAACGCGGGCUGGUUCAACAUGCCGUUCGUCCCCGCCGGCCUCGGCUGGUCCACGGAUAUCGACGCCGUCAACGGCGACGGCGUGAACCCGUACGUGUACACCGUCGAAGGGACGAAAUACGUCGGAAAACGCGAAGGAAGCGCGGAAGGGUACAAUCCGUUCGACGGCUUAGGGUUAGCCCCCGAGGACGUCAAGAUGGAAGCGAUGGACGCGUGGCGGGCGAACCCGAAAGACAGCCGCGCUCAUCGCGCCGACGCCGGAGAGACGAGCUUCGUCUUCGAAUCCGGCGACGGCGCCGGCGUCGCGCCGUUCCCGAAAUCGCCGUACAUGUCGCGAAUAUACGCCCAGAUCCCCCCGGGGACGGAGCCGUCCAUGCGCGUCGUGUUGGACAUCAUCGCGCGCGAGACCGCGAACGGGAACCCGCCGCCGAAGGGCUCCGCGGGCGCGUACGCCCCCGGAACGUUCCCCGGCGGCGGCGGCCUCGCGGGGACGUCGACGGCGGGGUCGACGCGCCCGAACGCCAACGACGGGUACGCGCGAAGCGUGGACGCGCUGCGGCGGCGUUGGGACGUCCUUCCGGAGGUGUACGCGGCGAUCAACGCGAACCGCGCGGACAGGGUCGGGACGAGCGCGACGUUCACGGAAAUCGCGUGGGUUUUGGCGUCGCUCACGGAGAUUCUCAUCAAGGCGGAUUACUACGGCGCCGCGGACCCCGCGCGGUAUACGGACGGCGAGCUCGACCCGUGGAUCGGCGACCCGAUGGGCCCGGGCGAGACCGUGCGCUUAGACCACGUCAUGAUCUCGAAGAGGGACCCGGAGAUGACCGCGGACCGAUGGAACAACGAGGAGUUCAAGGCGUUCAUGAAGUACGUGGAUCAGUACGCGACGACGUAUUACGUGAAAUUUCUCGCGGAUUACUACGCCGCGUACGCGGAAGAGGUCAGACUGUCCAUAUGCAGCGGCAACGGCGUGUACGCGUCCGGGAGCCAGGAGGAUCCAUCGCUAGGGUGCGACUGCGACGACGGGUGGCGCGGCGACGACUGCGAGCUUCUGUGUCCCGCGUGCGCGAACGGCGCGUGCGUCGUCGUCAACGUCACGACGACGACGACGGAUGACGCCGCGGGAUCUACGGCGAUCGAGACGACUACCCUCGCGACGACGUGCGACUGCGAGCUCGGCUGGGCCGGCACGCUGUGCGACGUCCAGUGCCCGCCGUGCGAGUACGAACACUCCGCGUGCGUCACGGACGCGGCGGGGAACCCCGCGUGCGCGUGUGACGCGGGCCGCGGCGGCGCGUACUGUCAGCACGAGUACUUUUCGACGUGCGACUCGACGACGUACUUUGGCGACUUCCCCGGCGACGCCGCGAAGUGCGCGUGCGACGACGCGCGCGUCCGCGCCGGCGUCCUGUGCGAGCUCCCGUGCCCGCCCGCGCCAAACUACUGCGGCGCGGGGCGGUGCUCGCACGUUCUGGACGGGCGGCGAUUCGACGACACGACGGCGUUGGAACGGUCCAACGAUUUUCCGUUUUGCGCGUGCGACGUCGGGUGGGUCGGCGCGGUGUGCGAGCUUCCGUGCCCCGGGACCGCGGACCACCCGGUGUCGCCGGGGCCGUACGCGUGCCUCGGGAGAGGGACGUGCUCGCAGGGCGCGGUGGGGGCGCGGUGCCAGUGCGUGAGCGGGUACAUGGGAGACAGGUGUCAGACGCUCAUCGGCGUGUGCGGCGACGGCGUCCUCAACGACGGCGAAGAGUGCGACGACGGCAACGGGAACCCCGACGACGGGUGCGACAACGCGUGCCGCAUCGGGCAAAACUACGUGUGCGCACUCGCGCUCAGGGAGGAUAUCUUGGCGAUAGACGGCGUGGAUCCGACGUAUUACUCCGUGUGCACGUGUCCCGGGGUGUUCUCGAACAUAUUAGGGUGUCUGAUGGCGUGACCGACGACGGAGGAGCGAGCGGUACAGUAUGUUAGAAAUAGUUUAUUCGGUCGUGAUGAUGCGAACGCCCGAUCUGAUAUCAUCACAACGACUCGCGCGACGAUGGCGGCGCGCGUCGUCGCCUGCCGCGCUCGCGCGGCGACCCCGUCCGCCCCGGCGUCCGCGCGCGCGCGUCCGUCCUCCUCCGUCCCCGCCGCGACGUCCGCGCCGGCGAACGUUCGCAGAAGAGACGCCUUGCGCGUCGCGUUGUUGGGGGCGCUGCUGGGGGCGGCGGACGCGCGCGCGGCGGAUCUCGCGUCGUACCUCCUCGA